AGUGACAUCGCGCGACCAAACAGGUUAAUUUAAAAGACGAUGUAAACACUGUCAGGAAGAUAUAUCUUUUGUCCCUUUUUUCUACUGUUGAAAUAAAUUGGAGUAAAUGAUACGGCAUGGCAGUCCCGGGAAGAUGCGAUAUAAAGACCGAAGGGACGUGAGUAACAUGUUUCAUGUUAGCUCUGAUGAAGACCAGUGAAAAAGGUGCUAAUUUCUCCAGUAUCUUUCAGCUCUUGCCUCUAAUACUGCUGUGUAGAAAUGGAUACAAACAAUGGCAGCUCUUUUCCCAGUUUCACACAACUGGAGGACUUCCUUGAAAAGCAUGACUCCAAAUUUGUGUGGUUACUGGUUGCUACCAUUUUGUCCUGUGGGUGGAUUAUUUAUUUAACUUAUUAUAAUUCAAGGAAUGUUGGACUGAUCUUAACACUAAUUUUAAACAGAUUUUAUAAAAAUGGCUAUAUCCAUAUAGGCUCAUUUUCUUUUUCUGUCUUAUCUGGAAAAGUUAUGUUCAGAGAUAUUUAUUUAAUCAAUGAAGAUAUGUCUGUCAGAAUUCAAGAUGGGUUUCUCAUAUUUCGUUGGUGGAAGAUGUAUAAUCCCAAACAAAAGCUACAUGAUCCUAAAGCAGAAACAAGACUUUACAUAACAGUGAAUGGCUUUGAAUUUCAUGUUUACAACCGAAUUGAUUUAUAUACACACCUUCAAGAGGUUUUUGGACUAGAACCUACACUUAUUCCUCCUAAAAAGGAAGAGGAUAAAGCAAAAACUGGUGGAGAAAAUACCCUUGAAAGUGUUAAAAUUAAAACAGAAUCUCAAGACCCAUCAUCAUCUUGGAGAUCUCUCAUUCCUGUGAUCAAAGUCAACAUAAGUACAGGUCGUCUUGCCUUUGGAAAUUACUAUCUUCCACAAACUCUGUGUGUCAACUUUGAUGAUGCCUUUCUGACAUACACCACAAAACCUCCUUCUAGUCAUCUUGACCAGUUUAUGCAUAUUUUGAAGGGAUCUUUGGAAAAUGUGCGCGUGAUGCUUGUCCCAAGCCCAAAAUAUGUGGGAAUUCAGACUGAUGAGCCACCAAGAUUAAUGGGGGAGGGAUUUGUAGUAAUGCAGUCCAAUGAUGUGGAUAUCUAUUAUUACUGUGAUGAGCCAGGUCUAGUUCCAGAGGAAAUGGAAAAUGGAGAAAUGGAAACAUGCAGUGAAGACACAAAGCUUCAAGAUUUGCCACCAUGCUGGGGUUUGGAUAUUGUUUGUGGAAAGGGGACAGAUUUUAAUUAUGGACCAUGGGCUGAUAGACAAAGAGAUUCUUUGUGGAAGUUUUUCUUCCCUGCUGACUUUCAACCAAUGAACGUUACAGAUAUUGCAAUGCCAGGAAAGCCUAGACAAAUUCUUGCAUUUGAGCUAAGGAUGAACAUCAUUGCAGAUGCCACAAUUGAUUUACUCUUCACUAAAAAUCGGGAAACGAAUGCUGUACAUGUUAAUGUAGGGGCUGGUUCAUAUUUAGAAGUUAAUAUUCCUAUGACAGUGGGGGAACAUGGUUACUCACCUACAAUUAAAGGUCAGCUUUUGCAUGUAGAUACUACAAGCAGUAUGCAGUAUCGAACUUUGUUGGAGGCAGAAAUGUUGGCUUUUCAUGUCAAUGCUAGUUAUCCUAGAAUAUGGAACAUGCCACAAGCAUGGCAGUGUGAAAUAGAAGUUUACAAAGCUACAUAUCACUUUAUCUAUGCUCAGAAAAACUUUUUCACUGAUUUGAUACAAGACUGGGCAAGUGACAGUGCACCUGACAUUUACUCUUUUGUUCCAUAUUCUUGGAAGUUUAAAGUGAUGUUCCGUCAGUUUGAAAUGAUUUGGGCGGCAAAUCAACACAACUGGAUAGAUUGUUCUACAAAACAACAGGAAAAUGUGUAUCUAGCAGCUUGUGGUGAAACUUUGAACAUUGACUUUAUCCUUCCUUUUAAUGAGUUUGUUCCAUCUACUUGUAAUACAAAAUUUUAUUUAAAGGCAGAAGAUACUGACCUGCAGCUGUCUUUGCCAGAUUGCCAUCCUAGCAGAUAUUCUCUCCUUACUCUGGUAAAGAAUUCCCACCCACACAAACUCCCUCCAGAAACCUGCAUUACCACAGAAAAUCAAGGUGGUCCAAAACAAAUAAAAAUGAGGUGGAGAAAUAUUACACAGUCGGAGGCAGGUUGGGUUGAUUGCUGGACAGUACCAAGUCUGAUGCUUACAAUUGACUAUACCUGGCAUCCGAUCUACCCUCAGAAGGCUGAUGAGCAAUUAAAGCAGUCCUCAGUAUCUGAAAUGGAUGACUCCCUGCUAUCUCCAACUUUAAUACAACCUAGCAAAUCUGCUGUUGAUCCAUCAGAACUUACUCCAGAUAGACUUCAUGUUGAUCUGGAACUUUCUCCAGACUCUCAAAUGAUAUUUUAUGGACCUAUGUUGAAGGCACUCCUUUGUAUAAAGGAGAACUACUUUGGAGAAGAUGACAUGUACACUGAUUUUGAAGAGGCAGUUUCAAGCCCCGUGCUAUCACUUUCCACUUCAUCUAGUUCUGGAUGGACUGCGGUAGGGGUUGAGGACAGUGACAAGAAGGAUAAUGAGCAUGGAGGCAAGCAGAUCCAUCCUCUCUCACUUCGCCCGUGGGAUAUCACUGUGCUCAUUAAUUUAUAUAAAGUGCAUGGCCGACUCCCAGUGCAUUGUAGCAAUGAUGGACCUGAAUGCCCAGCUGCCUAUCUGGAGAGGUUAUGUUUUGAAAUGAAAAAAGGUUAUAAAGAAACAAUGCUUCAACUUGUCCUUUCCCCAGUGCAUAUUUUUAUGAGUGACAAUUAUCAGAGGCCACCAUCAGAUGGAAUGCUCAGAGAUGGCCACAUCAGUCUGUCUGGACUGCAGCUUCGUGCACAUGCUAUGUUUUCUGAUGAAGGUUUACCUUUGGGUAGUGAUACACUGGAAUAUGCCUGGCUGAUUGAUGUUCAAGCGGGUGCAUUGACUGCUAAGACAACGGUACCCCAGCUGGCCACCUUGUUGGAGUGGGGGAAGACAUUUGUUUUUCAUGUAGUAUCCCGUGAAUUUGAUCUUGAAAGACCAAAAACAGUAGUAUUUUGUCAGCAUGGUGUAGAUCGUCGCUUCUGUGAGUCAAAGCUGGCAUGUGUCCCUGGCCCAUGCCUUGCCUCUGAGGAGUUGAAGUACACCAUGACUCGCAUAGCUAUUGAUGGAGCAGACCUAUUUGUUGUUGAACAAGGAUGUGCUUCCAAUAUUAAGACAAAUGCCAUUCGUAUAGCUAAUUGUAAUCUACAUAACCAAGCUGUCGGAGAGGGAAUCAGUGCAGUUGCUCAAGACAUCCAUAUCUGUCAGUAUAUUGAACUUCAGGAUAAUAGUCGCCUUGGAGUCCAGCCUUCAGUUCUUCGCAGAUCAUAUUGGCUGGAGACUGGCUCUGUUAAUUUUGGACUGAUAACCGCAGAUGUUGCUUUGGCAGCGGAUCAUCCUUCAAAAUAUGAAGUGCAGAGACAGUUUUUGGAAUUGCAUGAUAGUAGAAGUAAAAGACUUUGGUUCCUUUGGCCAGAAGAUAUUGCCAGAAACAGAAGAAGCAAAAAUAAAUGUGGCUGUUUAGGGGGAUGUCGUUUUUUUGGAGGCACUAUCAUAGGUGUAGACUUUUUCAGGCUGGAUGAAAUGACACCUUCCAGCAGCUCUGCAUUUUCUAAUUCAAGUGUAGACUCUGAUAUGUGCUAUGGGCAGUCUCUUUUGCAUCCAGGAGAAUGGAUUAUCAUGAAGGAAAUAUCCAAAGUUUCAGAGGGUAAGUCAAAUGGAUCAAAGCGAAAGGAGUGGGAUUCACGAUCAUUGGGUACAGAACUUGAGAAGAAAACUCACUUGUUAAGCCUGCAAGUUCCACUGCGUUCUCACAGCUCUUCUUCCUCCUCGGAAGAAACCAGCAGUUGCAGUGCUGCUCUUCCUCUAUUGGGUGGUGAAAAGGACAGUCCAUCCCCCAGCACUGAGGAACGCAUGGUACCUGUUGAUUUUCCACCCAUUCAUAAGCAAGAAGGACUAAAUGGAGAGUUUCCAGUUGAUGUAACUGACGGUAUGUCUGUAUCCCCUAGCAGCACUCAAGAAAGAUCUACCAUUCACUCCCCUCUACGUUCUCCACUUAAACGUCAAGCUUCUGUCUGUUCCACUCGACUCGGAAGCACCAAGAGCUUGUCUGCUGCAGUUUUUUGUGAAAAACAGCCUCCAGCUGCAGGGGUACAGUUCAGUAGUGAGGUGUCCCGAAGUGAUGAAAAUGUUCUGGAUUCUCCUAGACAAAGGAGGAGCUUUGGAUCUUUUCCAUUUACACCAUCUGCUGAUUCAACAUCCUUUCAUCAGUAUCGUUCAAUGGACUCUAGCAUGUCAAUGGCAGAAAGUGAGGCAUACUUCUCUGCAGCUGAGGAGUUUGAACCAAUCAGCAGUGAUGAAGGACCUGGCACCUACCCAGGAAGGAAAAAGAAAAAAAAGCAAGCUCUGCAGAUUGACUAUAGCAGAAGUUCUAUUUAUCACAGUGCUGAAGGACCACUGACUUACAAUCUUAAUGGAGAGUUUAGCCAUGAGUCAAGACCUUUACCUAUACCUACUCAUGCCUCCCAAGCUUCUUUUGUUUCUGCUCUAGGUGUAGAGGAAGAGCCAGGAGAGCAUGUGUAUUCUAUAGAUGUAUCAAAAGCUCAAGAAAAUGGACAAGUCAGUUCUCAGUUACAUGCAAUGUCCUGCUACCAGAAUUAUCUUUCUCAUUAUCAAGUGUUUAACUGGUCAGUCAAACAGCCUACAAACAAAAGAACAUCCAAAUCAUCACUACACCGACCCUUGGAUCUUGACACUCCAACCAGUGAGGAAAGUUCCUCAUCAUUUGACCAGCUUUCCAUUCCAACAUUUAAGAUUGUGAAGCAUGGUCUUGCUGCUAGUUCGUUGCUGGAUAGAGGUGUCCAACUGAUGGGGUCAACUUCAAGCACUCCUUAUACACCAUUAGACAAGAAACCUACUGAAAAUAUAGAUGAAGAAACCCUCACUGAGGACUGGACAUUGGAUCAACCUGUCUCACAAACUAGGACUACUGCCAUUGUAGAAGUGAAGGGAUCUGUGGAUGUAGUUUUAACACCUCUUGUGGCAGAAGCUUUGGACAGAUAUAUUGAAGCUCUAGUUCAUUUUGCAAAUAACCAGCACCCUGCCUCAAUCUUAGAUUACCUUCAUGCCAAGGUAUUACAUGAAGCCUAUCAGAUUAGCAAGUCUACUGUAUCUGACUCUAGUUCAAUGAAACAUGAAUCUAGAGGUUCUAAGACGGACAGUACUGCACCUACAUGUACAAACUCUGGGCAUGUGCAAAAUGAUCUUUCUACAAAACAAGACAAUGUGAAAAUUAAAGGUCUUCAGGCCAAUGUUUCCAUUCCAAAAAUGAAUCUCUGCCUGUUACAAGCUUCGGUUGAAGAAGGCUGUCCCUCCAAUUCUAACAAAAAUGUGACCCAUGUUUCCUUGGUGGCAUUAUGUUUUGAUAGGAUAGCUACUCAGGUUCGCAUGAACAGGGGUGUUGUAGAAGAAGGACCAAAUACUGCAGAACAUGGAAGAACUUCUGUUACAUUUGAAAAAUAUGCAGCUGCUACUAAAAUGCAGCCCCAGUCCUCUGGUUCUUUAAGAUCCAAUGCAGGGAUUGAGAAAGGAAAGGAGAUAGCUGCCAAACUUAAUAUACAUCGUAUUCAUGGGCAGCUAAGGGGUCUUGACACAUCAGAUAUAGGAACAAGUGCAAUCACUGCAAUACCUUUUGAGAAGUCAAAAGUGCUUUUUACUCUUGAGGAACUGGAUGAAUUUUGCUUUGUGGAUGAGACUGAUAUUCAGGGAAAUGCUGAUUUAAGUCGAACAACUAUCAGUCUGGAGAAAUGGGGAUGGAUUAUGUUUGAGUGUGGCAUUGAAAACUUGACAGUAAAAGGAGGAAGACAGUCAGGGGCAAUUUUGUAUAGUGCUUUUGGUGUAAUGGGCAAAACGGAUGGCACAGAAAAAAAUGGCAUGUUAAAAUCAAAUGGGUCUUCUGCCUCUCAUUCUGGAAGUGGCUACAGCACUGAUGUAUCAGAGGACAACCUUCCACAAGAAGGAGGGAGUCCUUCAAUAGAUGCUAAUGGCAAUUCUGAAUCUGAAGAACAGGAUGAAGGAGUUGAAUCCGAUGACUUGAAGAAGGAUUUACCACUUUUGCCUCCUCCCCCAGACUCUAGCAGCAUGAAGCUUACAAUGAAAGAAAUCUGGUUUAGUUUUGCAGCUCCCACAAAUGUUCGCUCUCCUACACAGGCUUUUUCCAGACAGUUGAAUCUUUUAAGCACAGCAACCACUGCUAUUGGAGCUUGGCUUGUUCCUGUUGACCAGCUUAAGUCUUCAUUAAACAAACUUGACACAGAAGGAACUCUUCGAUUGUGUGCAGUAAUGGGCUGCAUAAUGACAGAGGCUUUAGAGAAAAAAAGCAUUCAUAUUCCACUGAAAAGCAAGUACAACAGAGUUACUAAAAGAGCUCGCUGUCUGCAGGAAAAUCCUUCAUGUUUACUUUGCAAUAUUCUACAUAGAUAUUUGCAACAUGCAGAAUACUCAGUUAUUGAAGAAGCUACCAUGAGUGAUGGUCUCCCAGCCCUUGUUACCCUUAAGAAAGGCUUGGUUGCUCUUGCUAGACAGUGGAUGAAAUUCAUUGUAGUCACACAAGGGUUUAAAGCAGUUGGAUUGCUGAGACCAACACAGUUUCCCAAACCUAAGAAUCAGAUACAGCAGACGUGCGAGUCAGCCCAGGGACUGGAUAAUGGAGGAGGGCUGCAGAGUGAUACAAGUGCUGAUGGUGCAGAAUUUGAAUUUGAUGCUGCAACAGUUAGUGAACACACAAUGCUUUUAGAAGGGGCAUGUACUCGCCCCCCUCCAGCAGGAGUUACUUCAGGACCUGUCAGUGGAUCAGAAAUAAUUAGAAAACUCUCCAAGUCCCAUGCCCACAAUGAAUCGGCCCUUAAAAUAAAGGGUAUCCAUCCGUAUCACUCAUUGAGCUAUACAAGCGGAGAUACAGCAGCAGAUUCUCCUGCUCAUGUCAGCAGAAGUGGCAUGCCGCCAAAGGGUAGCCCUAGAAAGGAAAGUCUAUUGAGUUACCUUACUGGUAGCUUUCCAAGCUUGCAUAAUCUAUUGGAUGGGACCCCUCAGAGAAAUGCCACAACCGUGAAGAGCAGUUCCCUAACCAGAACUGGUAAUAAUGUGCCAGAUAUGCUGACUGAGCAUCCACUCUUAUCUGAACCUUCUUCAGUCAGCUUUUAUAACUGGAUGUCAAAUGCUGUAGGUAACAGAGGGGGCUUGGUUCAAGAGUCUCCAGUGCCAAAAUCAGGAAACAACAGUCUUCAAACAGGAGUAACAUAUAAUCUGCCUACUAUACCUUCUGCUUCGGACUUCAAUACUGUUCUCUCCAGUGACCAAAAUACACUUGAUGGUACUCAUUCUCAGCACAGUACAAGCCAAGAUGAUAUUGAAGAUAUAGAAGAAGGUAACCAGGGUCUUCCAGCUGUGCAGUUGGCUGAUGCCCAGGUGGUUUUUAAACCUUUACUGAACCAUAUAGGCAUCCAGUCUCAAGAUACCACACCCUUGAGUUAUAAAAUGUAUUUUGGUGAACAUUUAUCCUUUUCUGGAACUCUGGAUUGCCUCAGAGCAGAUAUUGUUGACUCGGAUACUUCAAAGGAGAGAAAAAAUAAAAGAUCUCGAAGGCAAGGAGCUGUUAACCUCCCUCCUUUGGACUUCAAACCAGCACUUAUGUUUGAAACCUUUAGCAUUAAUGCGGUGGUGAUGGAAAAGUCCAUGUGCUCACCACAAAACUCAACCAGUGCUCUGGCUUUCCAUGAUUUAAACAGAAGGCAUUACAACACAUUUCACUGUAACUUCACAAUAUCCUGUCAAUCUAUUAGUCAGCAUGUUGACAUGGCACUAGUUCGUCUAAUUCAUCAGUUCAGUACAAUGAUUGACGACAUUAAGGCAACCCAAACGGAUAUCAAACUAAGCAGAUACACUGCAGGAUCAGCUUCACCUACGCCAACUUUUAAAACAAGAAAACACAGAGAUUUUCGUUCCUCUGAUUUUAGUCGUAGCUCAAGGGGCAGCCUUAAUGGAGGAAACAGAGGAAACAAUCAGAGGAACAAACGAUUAGGAAGUGAAAAUAACAAAAAAGAAGCAAGAAGUAAAAACACCUUAGGUCGCUCAGAAAGAAGGACUUCAAGGGUGUCUAGGAAAGGCUCACGGGAUGCUGCUGAUCACAUGACUAUCCAAAUGGACGAUUCCGAUUCCAUUACUGUAUCUGAGCAAAGUGAGCCUUCUGCAGAAUGUUGGCAGAACAUGUACAAACUUCUCAAUUUCUACUCCCUAAUCUCUGAUCCAACUGGAAUUUUGGAGAAAUCGUCUCCAGAAAAUGGUGUUUCUGCAGAUGAUGGCCGAAGCCCUACAGAACCAGCCUGUAGAGUAAUCUUUGAAAAUGAGCAGGAUAAUUCAAGUCCAAACAAACUACAGAGGAAGAGAAGUCUUCUUAGCUCUGAGCCUCAGUAUGUAACUCUUAUAGUCUUUGGAAUAGGCAUGGUAAACCGUACUCACCUUGAAGCUGAUAUUGGAGGGCUAACUAUGGAAGCAGAGCUGAAAAAAAUUCAUGGCAGUUUUACACUCAAAGAAAAAAUGAAAGAUAUUUUGCAUCAAAAGAUGACGGAGACCUGUGCCUCUGCUCACAUAGGUGGCGUUAAUAUAGUGUUAUUAGAAGGAAUCACUCCAAAUAUUCAACUGGAGGAUUUCCCUACAUCUCCUACAAGUACUGCAAAACAAGAAUUCCUAACUGUAGUCAAAUGCAACAUUGCCAAAUCUCAGGCCCUGUAUAGUGCUCAACGAGGACUAAAAACCAACAAUGCAGCUCUGCUGAAAGUAGGCACUAUCCUUAUUAAUAUUCCACAACAUCCUGCCACCUUGCAUAGCAUGAUGGUUCGAAGUUCUCAUCAGCUUUCCAAGCAGAUAUCUGACCUUAUUCGGCAGCCUACUGCAACGCCCCAGCCAUCAAGGGAAGAUGCUCCAACUCCACAGCUUUCUGAAAAAACAACUUCUAGUGUUAAUCAGACUCCAGUUGAAGCAAAUGAGUUUCCACAGCUACCUGAGGGUUUGGAAAAGAAGCCAAUUGUUCUGAAAUUCAGUGCCAUGUUGGAUGGUAUCACAAUUGGAGCAGCUCUGUUGCCAUCACUUAAAGCAGAAUACAAAAUGGGCAGAAUGAAAAGUCAUGGAAUGACUGGUGCACAAACAAGAUUUACCUUUGAGUUACCUUGUCACAAGCUUAGAUUUCAGUCAAAAAUAUCCCCAGUUGAUAUGUCAACGAUGCCUCCAUCAGCUAGUCUGAACAUGCCACCUAUUACCAUGUCUGGAGAAUAUAUAAUGGAGGACCAUGACAAUUAUUCAGAGCAACCUUGGAGUGCAGAUGACUGUCCAUCUAAACAAGGCAACUACCUUCAGGGAAAUUAUCUUCGUUGUGUUGCUGAGAUUGGUUCUUUUGAGCACAACCUGACAACAGAUCUCUUAAACCAUCUAGUAUUUUUGCAGAAGGUGUUCAUGAAGGAAGUGAAUGAAGUUAUACAGAAAGUAUCCGGAGGGGAGCAGCCAAUACCCUUAUGGAAUGAGCAUGAUAUUUCAAGUGAUGGAGAAAAGCCCAAAAUUAUGUUGUAUUCACUAAAUCUUAUGUUUAAGGGUAUUCAGGUUACUGCAACAACUCCAUCUAUGAGAGCUGUAAGAUUCGAGACAGGUUUAAUUGAACUAGAGCUGUCCAACAGAAUUCAAUGUAAAGCUCAGCCUGGCAGAGGUAGUUACUUAAAGCUUUUUGGAAAAUGUCAAGUGGAUCUGAAUCUAGCUUUGGGCCAAAUUGUGAAGCAUCAGGUCUAUGAGGAAGCUGGGUCAGACUUCCAUCAGGUUGCCUACUUCAAAACAGUAAUCGGCCUCAGAAAUGCACUUCAGGAAGAAAUAAGUGGCUCAUCUGAUAAGGAAGCUGUGCUUAUCACUCUAAACAGACCAAUUGUCUAUGCACAGCCUGUGGCUUUUGACAGAGCUGUGCUCUUUUGGCUAAACUACAAAGCUGCAUAUGACAAUUGGAAUGAACAGAGAAUGGCUUUAAAUAAGGACAUUCACAUGGCUACCAAGGAGGUGGUGGAUAAAUUACCAGGAAUCCAGCAAACAUCUGCUCAGGCUUUCAGUACACUUUUUCUCCAACUCACUGUAGAUGACUUAGGAAUCUGCUUGCCCAUCACAAGCACCCCUCAGCCUAAUCACACCAUCGACUUUGACACAGGCUCAGCAUUGGUUCUCACCAUUGAGAGCACUCUGAUUACUGCUUGUUCUUCUGAAUCUCUUGUUAGCAAAGGUCACUUUAAGAACUUCUGCAUACGAUUUGCAGAAGGCUUUGAGACAACAUGGGAUGACUGGAAGCCAGAAGUGAGAGGCGACAUUGUGAUGAAUGCUUGUGUUGUACCAGAUGGCACUUAUGAAGUUUGUUCUAGAACUACAGGGCAGGCUUCAGCUGAAAGUAGCAGUGCAGGUACAUGGACUUUAAAUAUCUUGUGGAAAAUGUGUGGCAUUGAUGUCCAUAUGGAUCCUAACAUUGGAAAGAGGCUUAACGCUCUUGGUAAUACACUGACAUCCCUGACCGGAGAAGAAGAUGUGGAUGAUAUUGCUGAUCUGAACUCUGUUAAUAUUGCUGAUAUCUCGGAUGAAGAUGAGCCUGUCAGUAUGUCUCCUAUAAUCCAGACGAAUUCUGUAGAAGCCACUGUCAUUGGAGAACAUUUAAGACUUUCAUUUCGGAAGCGUCUUGUUAACCACCUUCUUGGGUUAAGCACUGAAAGUCAGAGACGCUCAGUCCCAGAAGACUUUCUCUGUCUUUCAUCACCUUGCAAGAGUUCUCAUUCUAGCAGAUACAGUAUCAAAGCAUCUAGACCGCAGUCAUGGGGAUGUGAACCGGCUGAUCAUAGACGUCAAGUAGCAGGUGGAAACCAGAUAAAUGAUGGCCGUGCAAGAAAAUUUCCUAAGCGUCUAGUGGACAUCCGAGAACUAAAUGAACAGGCUAAAGUUAUUGAUGACCUGAAGAAACUUGGAGCUAGUGAAGGAACUAUAAAUCAGGAAAUCCAGCGUUAUCAGCAGCUGGAGUCUGUUGCAGUGAAUGACAUACGGAGGGAUGUUCGAAAAAAACUCAGGAGAUCCAGCAUGAGGGCAGCAUCCUUGAAAGACAAGUGGGGAUUAGGAUACAAGCCUAGUUAUAACAGAUCAAAAAGUAUAUCAGCAACUGGAAGACCCCCUUUGAAAAGGAUGGAUCGAGCAAGAUUUGGAGAAAGUGAAGAUCUUCCUGAAAUUCGCAUAGAUGCUGCCUCCCCUGGACCUCGUGUUACAUUUAACAUUCAAGACACACUGAAUACAUCACUGGGCAUUGCACAUUCCUCUGAGAGCCCCACCGAAGUGUAUUUCAAGUUUCCCGAGGAGACAGAAAUGGACGUUAUGUCAGUCAAUGCUGGCCUUCAUCAUUUUCCAUCUGUUAGUGAAGGAUCAUGUUCAGUGUUCAGUUCUCCCAACACCCCAGUUGUCUUCUCACCAAGCAUUCCCUUCCAGCCUGAAGACGGCAGGCGAGAUGACAGCUUGUCUUCAUCCAGUGAUGAAUCUGAAAAGGAAGAGGAGUUUGAUCGAGAGAAACAGCCAUCCUACUAUUACAGGAAGAUACCGCAGACCUCACGUAAAAAAUCUUCAGGUUUUGCUGCAGUAAGCCAGCUCUUCAGCGAACGAUGGCCAGGUACUCCUGCUAACAGAAGUAUUACAAAUACAAGUACUACAGAGAGAAAUAUUGAUUUUGAGUUGGACAUUCGAGUUGAGAUUGAUAGUGGAAAAUGUGUGCUGCAUCCAAAUACUCAACAGCAAGAACAUGAUGAUAUAGGCCUGAGAAGAAGCUAUGAUCGUAGCUCAAGAAGUUUGGACCAGGAGUCCCCACCAAAAAAGAAGAAACUGCAGCCCGCCUAUACCUCAACUACUCAUUUAUUGGCUGGAAAGAAAGUACCAUCAACUCUACAGACAAAGUCCAGUGACUUUGAAACUACAGUGUUUUAUAUUCCUGGAGUCGAUGUUAAAUUGCACUAUAAUUCAAAGACUCUCAAGACAGAAUCACCAAAUGCUUCCAGGGGGUCAUCACUUCCAAGAACCUUCUCCAAAGAAUCCAAACUGUAUGGUAUGAAAGAUAGUGCCACUGGCCUUGCUGCUGUAGCAAAUCAAAGCAAGACUAAUAUGCUUCUUCCUCCCCCACCCCCGCCUAUACCAUCAGCUAAAGGAAAAGGAAGUGGUGGAGUAAAAACAGCCAAAUUGUAUGCAUGGGUAGCACUACAGACAUUGCCAGAGGAAAUGGUUAUCAGCCCGUGUUUACUGGAUUUUCUCGAGAAGGCACUGGAAACCAUUCCAAUAACACCAGUUGAAAGAAAUUACACAGCAGUCAGCUCACACGAUGAGGAUAUGGGACAGUUUGAUCCAGUGGAUCAACUAGAAGAGUCAACAACAUCACUUGUAUCUUCCUCGACUUCUGCCUACUCUUCAUUUCCAGUGGAUGUGGUGGUCUAUGUGAGGGUCCAGCCAUCUCAGAUAAAAUUUAGUUGUCUCCCAAUGUCCCGAGUGGAAUGUAUGCUGAAGUUGCCUUCGUUGGACCUGGUCUUUUCUUCAAAUCGUGGCGAGCUGGAGACUGUUUCAUCCUCCCAUAUAGCAGAGAGCACACAGCCCAUUAACUCUUCUCCUCCACUGGGCCAGAACAUGCACAAGACUGCAACUAACAAAGCUUCCUCUCCAGCAUUAGGAAGUCCUCUUGGCAGAACCAGGCACAGCAGCAGCCAAUCAGACUUGACCAGUGCCAGCACAAAUUCUUCUGGCCUCAGUUUUACAGCCUGCAUGUCAGAUUUCUCAUUGUACGUGUUUCACCCUUACGGAGCAGGGAAGCAGAAAUCUGCUGUCACAGGCCUUAACUCUGGAUCUGGUUCUCUAGGUGCGGUGGAUGAAGAGCCGUCAUCUGUUACAGGUCGCAAAGACUCUCUAAGCAUCAAUCUUGAAUUUGUUAAAGUCAGUCUGUCCAGGAUGAGGAGAUCAGGUGGAGCUUUGUUUGUUGAGAGUACAAUGCCAGGAAAAAGUGGCAAAAUGGAGACAACUUUAAUUAAUAUAUCAGCUGUGUGUGACAUUGGGUCAGCUUCCUUUAAGUAUGACAUGAGAAGACUAAGUGAGAUUUUGGCAUUUCCACGUGCAUGGUACAGGCGAAGCAUUGCUAGGCGUCUGUUUCUUGGAGAUCAAACCAUAAAUUUGCCAGCAUCUGGUCCUGGAACUCCUGAUUCUGUUGAAGGGGUUAGUCAGCAGCUUUCUCCAGAGUCUUCACGUAAAGCAUAUUGGAGAACAUGGGAGCAGCCUUCCCAAUCUGCUUCCUUUCAGAAUAUGCCGCAGUCUCCCAAUGUAUUUGGAGAACAUUCUCAAAACAGCAACAUGUCCCCAGGAGGGCUUUCCCACUCAUUGAAAUCUCCAGCAGUGUCACGAUCUAGAAGUGUCUCUGACUCAUCUGUCCCAAGGAGAGAUUCCCUUUCAAAAACAUCUACUCCAUUUAACAAAGCCAGUAAAGCAGCAAAUCAACAAGGAUCACCAUGGGAAACUCUGGUUGUAUUUGCCAUUAACCUAAAACAACUGAACGUUCAAAUGAACAUGAGCAAUGUCAUGGGCAAUAACACGUGGACUACAAGUGGUUUGAAAAGCCAGGGUCGUCUGUCUGUAGGCAGUAACAGAGACCGGGAGAUCAGCAUGUCGGUUGGCUUGGGAAGGUCAAAGUUGGAUUCUAAAGGAGGUGUGGUUGGUGGAAAUAUUGAUGUCAAUGCCCUCGAGAUGGUUGCUCACAUCUCUGAACAUCCAAACCAACAGCCCAGCCAUAAAAUCCAAAUCACCCUUGGUUCAACAGAAGCCCGUGUUGAUUACAUGGGGUCCAGCAUCUUAAUGGGCAUUUUCAGUAAUGCAGACCUACAGCUUCAAGAUGAAUGGAAGGUCAAUCUCUGUAAUGCUCUGGACACAAGCUUGUCAGAGAAAAGUGAAAUCUUUGUUCAUGGAGAUCUUCAGUGGGAUAUCUUUCAAGUUAUUAUUUCUCGAUCUACCACUCCUGACCUUAUUAAAAUUGGCAUGAAGCUUCAGGAAUUCUUCACACAGCAGUUUGACACCAGCAAGAGAGCUUUGUCUACCUGGGGACCGGUCCCUUACGUGCCUCAUAAGGCUCCUGUGAUAAAUACAGAAAAAGGUUCUGCAGAGCAGAUUCUGGAUGCAGCACAUCAUCGCCACUGGCCGGGAGUUCUCAAGGUUAUAGCGGGGUGCUACAUAUCCCUUUUUCAAAUGCCAUUGCCAGAAGAUGCUGUUCAGCUAGGCGGAUCCAUGAGCCUCCAUGGGAAUCACAUGACACUGGCCUGUUUCCAUGGACCCAACUUCCGGUCCAAAUCUUGGGCCUUGUUUCACUUAGAAGAGCCAAACAUUGCUUUCUGGACUGAAGCUCAGAAGAUAUUGGAGGAUGGGUCCAGCGAUGAUUCAACAUAUAUUGUUCAGACUCUGGACUUUCAUUUGGGUCACAAUACAAUGGUCACUAAACCAUGUGGUGCUCUUGAAAGCCCCAUGGCAACUAUUACAAAAAUUACAAGACGGCGUCAUGAAAAUCCACCACACGGGGUAGCCAGUGUCCAGGAGUGGUUCAACUAUGUAACUGCCAUGAGAAAUGAAGAGUUAAACCUUCUACGCAAUGUUGAUGCUAACACUACAGAGAAUGGAGUAGCUGCCAAAAGCUCCAGCUUGCUGAGUGGAUUCCGAGGAGGGUCAAGUUAUAACCAUGAGACAGAGACUAUCUUUGCUCUUCCAAGAAUGCAGUUAGACUUUAAAUCAAUUCAUGUACAGGAGCCCGAUGAGCCUUCCCUGCAAGAAUCAGCCUGUAAGCCAAAGGUGGAAUGCAGUGUUGUGACAGAGUUUACUGACCACAUCUGUGUCACAAUGGAUGCAGAACUGAUUAUGUUCUUGCAUGAUAUGGUAUCAGCCUACCUGAAGGAGAAAGAGAAGGCCCUUUUUCCCUCUCGCAUCUUCGCUGGUCGACCAGGACAAAAGAGUCCCACAACGAAUCGAGAUAAUGGAGCAAAUGAUGAAGACAAAGCAGAGGCCAUUAACUACACUUCGGUGGACUGGAGAGAGUUUGUGUGUAACACAUGGCAUCUGGAGCCAACCCUAAGAUUAAUUUCUUGGACAGGGAGGAAGAUUGACCCUGUGGGCGUUGAUUACAUUCUUCAGAAGCUGGGUUUCCACCAUGCGAGGACUACAAUUCCAAAAUGGCUGCAGCGGGGGGUGAUGGAUCCUCUGGAUAAAGUCCUUUCAGUUCUGAUCAAAAAACUGGGCACAGCUCUUCAAGAUGAAAAAGAAAAGAAGGGACGAGACAAGGAAGAUCAUUAAGUUAACUAUGGAGUUUGAUUAUUGAUGAAUUUUUCAUUAAAAGCCAGCUUUUAUAGUUGUAAUUUCAAUGGAAAUGCUGUAAAGAUACACAUCAUAUUUACAAACCUCUUGCAAAUUUCUGUUGACUACUGAUCUGUAAAUACUGUUUGAGCCACCAUUUCAUUGGGAAUGUAGCUGUUUACUGUGGAGCUUGCUGCUGCUGAAAUCUUUUUUUAAAAAGACAUUGCACAAGUUAUUUUCUUUCAUUUCAUAGGGUGAACCAACUGGUAGUAGCAUAGCAUUCCAUUUUUAAGUGCAAUAUGCCUCAUGUAUAUACUUGGUCUGAAUCUUCAAUGUGAAUUUAUUGUUCCAGUUUACAUUAACACUGUCUAGACACUGUACUAUCGCACUAUACUACUCACUUUUUAGGCUUUUUUAUAUCCCCAAAGCAAUUUUAAAUAAUUUUUAAUUAACAAGUAGAGGUGGGUUGUAGGGAAGUUCUAGUAUCUCAACCAAAAUCAGGUGAACAAAUUAAAAACAAUUAAUUUCAAUGUGUUAUUGGCUGCAACCAUCAAACGCUACAAAAUAAUUGCAAUUCAAACAUUUUAUGGUGUACAGUAUAUUCAGAUGAUAUCAAUUUGUAACUUUUAUAUUGUGGCAGUAUUAUUAUAAAGUAUGCAAUGCAUUCUUUGCAAGGGCUGUAGUGUUAACUGUGGAUGUACAAUUCAUGUAAAAGCAGUAUAGUUCUUUACUUACCUAAAAAACACACAUUAAAACUUUUCUCUGAAGCUGUGGUAUGGGGCAAACUUUAAAUUGUGUAAAUUCUCCUUUGGUAAUACUUAAUAAAUAUAAUUUGAAAAUUUCAA